AGCUGUCGACGGCUCUUGCAUUAGACAAGUCUGCGACGACGCUGGAUUUACAAUAAACGGUAACUGAGAGAUAAUCCGCCGGCUGGAUUGCGCUUUCGUCGCGCCGACUACUGAUCACUCUGCGAUCGUAUCAUCCCCAACAUUUCAACCCAUCACGCCACAGGGCUCGUCUUCGCCUCCUCCUGUUAUUAUUGCAUUCGCAUAGCCGGUUUCGUUCGUUUGGAGGAAUAUCGCCAAGAUGUCUAAGGUUAUGAGAAGUGUUAAAAAUGUCACCAAGGGUUACUCGAGUGUCCAGGUCAAAGUGCGCGAAGCGACGAGUAAUGACCCAUGGGGCCCGACCGGAACCCAGAUGAGCGAGAUCGCUCAUCUCACAUUCAAUUCAUCGACCGAGUUCUAUGACAUCGUUGACAUGCUCGACAAGCGCCUAAACGACAAAGGCAAGAAUUGGAGGCACGUGUUGAAGGCUCUGAAAGUCUUGGAUUAUUGUCUUCACGAAGGGUCCGAGCUCAUCGUUACCUGGGCGCGGAAGAAUAUUUACAUCAUCAAAACCUUGCGCGAGUUUGUCUAUAUCGACGAAGAGGGCCGGGAUGUAGGACAAAAUGUCCGAGUUGCCGCGAAAGAGUUGACUGCUUUGAUUCUGGAUGAAGAGCGGCUGCGAGCCGAACGCAGCGAUCGGAAGACGUGGAAGUCCCGUGUUACUGGUAUCGAAGAAUUCGCGCCUGAGGGCGCCACGGUCCCACGAGCAAACCACCGACCUCACCGAAGACAUAGCGACGAGGAAGAGGAUGCCGAGUACAAGUUAGCAAUAGAAGCCAGCAAAUACCAAGAAGAAGAGGAUCGAAGGAAACGCGAAAGCCGCCAGGGACCUGAGGAUGAUGACGACUUGGCUAAGGCCAUUAAACUUAGCCAGGAAGAAGAUGAACGAAGAAGGCGAGAAUUGGAAGAAAGCAAUGCUAGUUCACUAUUCGACGAUGCUGGACCGAGCAACGCGCCUCAACCGACUGGUAUGAAUAUGGGAUACCAGCAAGGCAGCAAUGUUGAUUGGCUUGGAAACCCGAUCGACCAAAACCAGAUGAUGCAACCGCAGCCGACCGGAUACGUGAACAAUUCGUACACUGGGUACCCAGCGAAUGGCUACACGAAUGGCUUUAACAACGGUUUCAACCCUCAACCGACAGGUGUGUAUGACCCAUACGGUCAACAGCAGCAGCAGCAACAACAGUUUCAACAGCAGAUGCAGCAACAAAACACUCUCCAGCUUCCGGCGCAGCAAUUCCAAAUGCAGCCUACUGGAUACAAUCCUUACGGCCAGCAACCCCAGUUCCAGCCUCAGUUCCAACCUCAGCCUACUGCUUCUCCAGAGCCAGUCGUCCAGCCUGGAAGCAACAACCCAUGGGCUUCUAACAACAACCAAGCGGCACUCAAGCCGAUGCCCACCGGGUCGAAUAAUCCCUUCGCUAGCGGUUUUGGACGACAGCAGCAGCAAUCCCAGGCCCCGGCAAUCCCUACUCUAAGCAGCUUGCAGAGUCUUCCUGAGCAGAAGUCGCUCCAGGGAUUCACUCCGUCUCCCCAACCCCAACCCCAACCCCAGCCGUCCUUUCAAACACAGCAGCCUCAGAAGCAGCUUAGUGAACAUGAACGAAAGCUUAACGCCCUUCUUGCUAGCGGCGACGGUAUGGACACAUUUGGAAAUACUGGUGAUCUUCGUAUUCCUUCCCAGCAUACAGCACCUGGUACCUUUGUCAAUUCGGCUGGUGCAGGCGCGAACAGGCUCACGGCCGAGGCUACGGGCAACAAUCCAUUCCUUCGGCAACAGUUCACCGGCAUGCCAACGGUAUCUUACGGCGCACCGCAGAUGCCUGCGGCUACUGGACCGGCUGGUAUGAAUGGAUACGGCGGGGCGAGCAACCCGUUCGCGGCACGGCCGCAACAGAAUAACAACCAGGGGCAAGACCUCAUCCAGUUCUAGAAUUUCUCUUUGCGAGGGCGUUCGCGAUGCAGAUCGC